GACGAGAGAAGCGGACUGAUUUCCUCUACUAUGGAUGGGAAUAUCUACAAUCAGUUUGGGGAGGUCAUCGACAGAAGGCUUGGAGGAGUGAGGGCUGAAGCCCAGCGAAGAGCGGCAGCUGGGCCGCAACUGCCUGCCAUGUUCAGGCUAUGGCAGGAAAAGGUGGAACCACCGAUUGGGGAGGAGAAAGUAGGGAGUGAUGAGGAAGUGGUUCAAAGGCUACUAGGAAGGAGUAAGAAGAAAGAUCCCUUAAUCAUUGAGGCAGAAGACGAAAAUGAGCAGGAAAGAACGGAGCCUCCGUCCGUCUUAUAUGGGAGGUUGGAGGACCUGCUGGAUAAGAUAGGGAGAUACCAACAGAAGCUGGUGGGCCUCUGUGAGGAAGUGAAGAGGUGGAAAUCUAGCAUCCCCCAGGUGUUCCUCUACGACUCCGGUCUGGAAUCAGCACCUGCGCGACCCGAAGUAAAUAUGGUGGGGUCAUGCCCACAAUCAGGAAUGAGGGGGAGACCCCUCACUACGCAGACACGGCUGGCGCAGGCAGCGCGAACGAGGAAUCAAGCCAGAGUCAGCGCCAGCCAAGAACCUUCGAGGAAGGGGGCGGAGCCAGGAAAGAGAAAGGAGGCCGUGGAAGUAGAAGAUGAUGAUAAUGACGAUGAAGAGGAAGAGGACGAGAGGCUGCGUAGGGAGGAGGAUCAAAAAGCAGAGCAGCGGGCGAGGAAAAAGGGAACUAGGGGAGAGGUCGAGCCGGUCGUGCGCGAUGGACCGCCCAAAAGGAAGAAGUAUGCGGUUUGGUUGGAAGAGGGAUUUGACGUAGAGAAAGUGAUCGACCGGCUGCUAGAAGGGCAUAACGAUCUCAUGACCCUGAAGGAAAUCCUAGCGUCAGCCCCGCGACUCCGCAAUGAAUUGAAAUGGAGGUUGUCGCGACGCUUGGUGCCAAAUGUCCAUCUGGGUACGAUCCUGCCCCAGGAGGCAGAGUGGUCAGAGUCAGGCACAAAGAUGGACUGGAAGCAGAAGAGAAAGGAAAGAGAUGCGACUGCUUCUGGGACCCCGGGAGUAACAAGGAUUGUUACAGACGUAUUGGCGCAGCUAGGGUAUGCGACAGAGCCGGUGGUGCAAAGAAGGGUGGUGACAGCUGUCAAAGUGAAAGGAAAGGAGCCAGUGAUAGAGGAGGCUGUUCAGGAGGAGCUCUGGGAAGAGGAAGAGCCGGUGCCGCAGCACCUGACAAAGGUCCAGCGCAAAGUGCGUAAUUUGGCGCAGGGCGGACAGGGAUCAGGAAAAGCGCAAGCACCUCAGACCCAGGCAGCAGCCCCUUUAAAUGUGGCGGCUCCAUCAUCUAGUACGGGCCCCUCGCAAGGUGGGGCGCUCUCCUACGGACAGUGGCCCUGGCCGGUGAUCAAUGCGAUUGUGCCGUGGGGAAGCCCGCCGCCAGUAGCCGGACCGCAAACGAGUAUGCCGCCACCCAUCUACCCCGCGGCCCAGGCCCAACCUGUAGCCCCGCUACCGUCACCUGAUCCCAGUUCACAGGGCAGUGUUGUAGGAGGAGGGAGUCAGGGGCAAGGCAAUCAAGACAACGGAGGUAGGGGUGGAGGAAGGGGCCGAGGCAGGAAUGGCGGCGGAAGAGGAAGGCAAUGGAAUGACCAAGGCCAGGGGUACCAGGGCCAAGGGGGCCAAGGCCAGGGAUACCAAGGCCAAGGGAGUGAAGGCCAUGGGUACCAAGGCCAAGGGAGUCAAGGCCAGGGCAAUGGAAUGGCCAAGGCCAGGGGUACCAGGGCCAAGAGGGCCAAGGCCAGGGAUACCAAGGCCAAGGGAGUGAAGGUCAUGGGUACCAAGGCCAAGGGAGUCAAGGCCAGGGGUACCAAGGCCAGGGCUAUCAAGGCAAGGGGUAUCAAGGCCAGGGGGAUCAGGGAAGUCAGGGGUAUGGAAGACCCUGUUUUGACUGGAGGACGGCCAUCUGUCAACAUUGUGACCAGCAAGGCCACACUAUAAGAUUCUGUAAUAUAAGACGGGAAGACGAGAGAAGCGGAAUGAUUUCCUCUACUAUGGAUGGGAAUAUCUACGAUCAGU